GCCAUCAACUCGCUCCGCUCUCAGUCUCCGCUCCCGCCCAUUGAACUGCCCUCCUUUUAACUUGAAUCUCAACCGUUAUACCUCGUCUUCUCGGAAGACUUGUUCAUAAUGGCUCCUACCGCUGAGAGCGCCUCGCCCAUUGGCAUCGCCAACCUCCCUAACCAGCGGCAUAAGAUUGUCGCCAAGCGGGGUGCUGGCUUUACCAUAAUGGUUGCUGGCGAAUCUGGCCUGGGCAAGACCACUUUCAUCAACACCCUUUUCUCGACAACCAUCAAGAACUAUGCCGACCACAAGAAGCGACACCAGAAGCAGGUCGACAAGACUGUCGAGAUCGAGAUUACCAAGGCCGAGUUGGAGGAGAAAUUCUUCAAGGUUCGUCUGACCGUCAUCGACACCCCCGGAUUCGGCGACUAUGUCAACAACCGCGACUCUUGGAUGCCCAUCAUCGAGUUCCUUGACGACCAGCACGAGUCCUACAUGCUUCAGGAGCAACAGCCCCGUCGCCAGGACAAGAUCGACCUGCGCGUCCACGCCUGCCUGUACUUCAUUCGGCCUACCGGCCACACCCUGAAGCCCCUGGAUAUUGAGGUGAUGAAGAGACUCUGUUCGAGAGUGAAUCUUAUUCCCGUCAUCGCCAAGGCCGAUACUUUGAGCCCUGCAGACCUGGCCAGGUUCAAGCAAAGAAUCCGAGUCGUCAUCGAGGCCCAGAAUAUUAAGAUCUACCAGCCACCAAUUGAGGAGGACGACGAGGCUGCCGCCCAGCACGCGCGGAGCCUCAUGGCCGCCAUGCCAUUCGCCGUCAUUGGCUCCGAGAAAGACGUCAAGACCAGCGAUGGCCGCAUUGUCAAAGGUCGUCAAUAUUCGUGGGGUGUCGCCGAGGUGGAGAACGAGGAUCACUGCGAUUUCAAGAAGCUCCGCUCCAUUCUCAUCCGUACCCACAUGCUCGAUCUCAUCCACACCACCGAAGAGCUGCACUACGAGGCCUACCGCGCCCAACAGAUGGAGACACGCAAAUUCGGUGAGGCGCGUCCCCGCAAGCUCGACAAUCCCAAGUUCAAGGAGGAGGAGGAGGCACUGCGGAAGCGCUUCACCGAGCAGGUCAAGAUCGAGGAGCAGCGCUUCCGCCAGUGGGAACAGAAGCUCAUCGCCGAGCGCGAUCGCCUCAACAAGGAUCUCGAGCAGACCCACGCCCAAAUCAAGCAGCUGGAGAACGAGCUCGAGGCGAUGCAGGGAACCGGCGCCGUCCGCAGCCACGGCCGUCGCUAAAUGCUCUCUAAUGUCUGGGCUUUUCAGGGGCUUACAUCGUUUGUAUUUUUCGGCCCAUAAUUCCAUCUCAGCCCGCUGGGGUCCCUCUUCAUGUCUCUCGCAUUUGAGUGUAAGGCCUGGAGCUGAUGUUUUUCUUUUCUGGGCGCACUCGCGAAUAUGCUCGCUGGCUCACGGGUUUCCACGAGAAACCUGCGGCGUGCGAUGGUUAGUGAGAUGGGCUUCCCUGGGGUCUGCUGAUCGUGGGGCGAUAUGUCCGGGGUAUUCUCACAAAAAGUUGCAUCUCUUCUGAGCCAGAGGCGCCGAGGUCUCGCAUUUUAAUUGCUUAUUUUCUCUGUUUUCAUCCUUCUUCUUUCAAGAUGCGGCCAGUACCCCCUUGCUCUCAACCUGCCUAGUCACAACCUCAUAGUUUUAAGGUACGAUGUAAUAGCAACUUCAUGAUACCAAGAAUAAGAAGUAGGGCGACCCCCUGUCACAUGGAUUGCAGGGCCUA